CUGGUUGCGCCGACAGCUUUUGUUGUCUUUUGUUAACAGCUCCAGCUCCACCCAACCCUGCUGUGCGCACCACGAACGUUUACGCCCGAUUGAGCUCUAAGUGCUACUGCGGAUCGCACACCUCGACGAAGAAUCAACUUGCCGCUAAACGCGUUUUUGGCCACGCGCACCAAGCCCAGUAUUUAAUACGGUCAAUCAUCCCCGUCAACACAGGAACAGCUCAAGAUGUCAUUAUUUGGCAGUCUGGGAGGGACAUCUGGCGGAACGACGGAGAGAAAAACCGGCACUCUAUUUGGAAGCACAUCGGCGCCAUCGACAGGAUUAUUUGCGCAGAACCAGCAACAGAAUGCUCCCCAACAACAGACCUCUUCUCUAUUUGGCGCACCAAAGCCAGCUGCUGGCGGCCUGUUCGGUGCCUCCCAGACUCAGCAGUCCCAACAACCUUCUGGUGGCCUCUUCGGUGCAUCUCAAUCUCAGCCUGCCCAGAGUUCUCUCUUCGGAAAUCCCGCCCCGGGUACAUCAUCACUUUUCGGAAACACCCAACAACAACAGCAACAACAGCAGCAGCAACCACUGGGGAGCAGUUUCUUCGGCACAACGUUACAACCCGCUCCCUCGCUCCCUCAGCUAGCGGCGCAACAACUACAACAAUCUCAGCAAGGACUGCCUCCGUUACGGCAAACCGCGAAUUCCCAAUUCGCCAGCACGUUGGUGAGCGGGCAGAGAGAGAAGUCAGUAGUCGACCAAAUGAUUACCCUUGAGAAGAAGUGGACGCCGACGGAGCGGGAAUGCGCGUUCCAGUACUAUUUCUAUAACAAGGUCAAGCCCGAAGAAGUCCCUUUCUACACACCACAAGACUACGAGGACCCAAACGAGUGGGAGCAGGCCCUUUCGAAGAAACCUAGCGACAGCGUGAUCCCGGUCCUAUAUCGCGGCUUCGAACAGGUCGCCGAACGCAUCAAGACGCAAAACUUCAUCAUCGCAGGGCUGCAGACUCGUCUACAUCAGAUCAAUACCGCUCUGGAGCUCAUAAAGAGUAGCCACGAGCUCGAGAUUGCGUCGAGGAUAGCGGAAGCCAGACGGAAGCAUAUCGUGUUCACGCAGCGGACACUGGCUCUCGCUGCAAAAGUCCAGAUUCUGCGGAACAGAGGCUAUGCCAUGGAUCAGGCGGAAGAGGAGUUGAAGAAGAAGCUCCAGGAUUUGGAGAAGCGGUCUUUCGAUCCGGUGUUGUCGGGUCGUCAGGAGGAGAUAUGGGCGAGGAUGUCUGGAGUCCGAGAGCGUGCGAGGAUAUUGCAGGAGGAGACGGACAAGUUGGGGAAGACGUUGGAGGGUCAGCAGGACGGAGCUGUGUUGUCAGAGGAGGACCAGAAGAACAUUGAUAAGCUUUUGAAAGAUUAUGACAAGCAGCUGGAGCAUCUGAAGAAGUGGGUCGAUGAUACCAAGCAGGAAUACGAGGAGUGGGAGAACGAGCGGAGACCCCAGCCCAGGCCUGCGAGGUGAGGUGGGAAGAGAGCAUUCUGUGUAAUUGGCGAUUUGGGACAAUUGGUCUGAUGAUACCGAUCUGGCAUAUCUUGGGCACAUGCAAGUUCAUGGUAUUUUCGGACAGAGAUCAUCGGAUCCGCAUGGUUUGUUGAAGGGAUAGAGGGAAUGGUAAUUCCGUGCAUUCCGUGUGGUCGCCGCCGAUAUCUCCAAUGCUGCAAUGCUGUAUACGCAUAUCUUGAUCGUCCCACUGAUAUGCAACUCCAUCCUGGAGACUCCAAUAUGCCAUUAAUCUUA